AUGGAAAGAGCCGCGCUGAAAGCUCACGGCAUCCCCAUCGCCAUCCCCAGCCGAGGGGGGCGAGCAGUGUUGCGCCAGCCAGUCUUCCCGUCACAGUCACAUCCGACGCGAAAUACGAACAUCCUACCACUGCCGACCCGACGCUGGAACACAAACACAAGCACAAGCACAAGCACAAGCACAAGCAGGACUGGUCCACAGGCCCCGUUCCCAGUCUUUCGCGAUGUCCCUCCACUGCGCGAGGUACGCAGGAAACUGUGGCGAGAAGGGAAGGAGGUGGGGUUUGUUGCAACCAUGGGAGCACUGCACGACGGCCACCUGUCGUUGAUCAGACAUGCCUUGCAGGAGAACAGCGACGUGUUUGUUUCCAUCUUCGUCAACCCGACACAGUUCGCUGCGCAUGAAGAUCUGGGUGCCUAUCCCCGCACCUGGGAGGAAGAUAUGAGGAAGCUGAAGCAGGUCCAAGAUGAACACACCGCUGCCUCGGGACCCAACCAGGACUCGGUCAUUCGCGGCGUGUUUGCCCCCACCGUCAAGGUCAUGUACCCGACUCUGCCGCCCACCUCGGACAUCGCGGGCGAAGGUUCCUUCGUCACCAUCACGCCGUUAGGUUCACACCUGGAAGGAGCCUCUCGGCCUAUCUUCUUCCGAGGUGUGGCCACAGUGUGCACAAAGCUGUUCAACAUCAUCCAAGCCGACCGGGUCUACUUUGGUCAGAAGGAUAUCCAGCAGUGCGUUGUGAUCAAGAGAAUGGUCAAGGACUUCCACAUCCCUACUGAAGUGCGGGUCGUCCCCACAACGAGAGAGCCAGAUGGACUCGCCAUGAGCAGCCGGAAUGUCUACCUUGGUGAAAGGCGCAGAAAGGAUGCCGUAGUCCUUUCCAAAGCUCUAUUCGCCGCUCGGGAUUUGUACAACUCGGGCGAGUUACUGGGCAAACAUAUCAGGCAAGCGGCAUACGACGUCUUUGGUCAGGAAGCAUUGCUACGGAGGAAAGAUGGCAAGCUGGGUGGAAGUGCGCGAAUUGAAAUCGACUACGUUGCACUGAGCGACCCGGACGAUAUGAAGAUGAUUAGAGACACCCAGAAAAUCGACCCAAGCCGAGGGGCGAUUCUGAGUGCUGCCAUCAUCGUUUGGCCGGUAGAUUCGCCGAAAAGCGACGAUGAGUUGGACCAGCGCAGUGUUAGACUGAUUGACAAUGUCAUCCUUCAGCCCUUGGAAGGGGUCUCCCCAUGA